CAAAGGCCUGUGUAUUGCCAAUUCUGCCUUCAUACUUCUCUGCCAUGAGCAACAAUUCUGUCGCUUCCAAGGCUUCCGCUCAUUCAGCCGAACAUGAUGACCGUCGUGGAUCUCCCUCACAGACACGUACCGAUCAUCCAGAGGACGUUACGGGAGGUGACCGUCCAACCUACGAAGCUAUAAGGACAUUCUCUUCGUCUGAUUCUGGGCCCGACAAUGCCCAGCUUGCCUCCGCACUUUCACGGUCAGUCAGCCAUCAAGGCGGCUACGGUGGGCAGGUGGAACGGCGUGACACCUUAGCGGGAAUUGAGAUCGGAGAUCCAGUCUUAGAUCCGACGAAGCCCGAGUUCGACUUCUACAAAUGGGCGCGGAUGUUCAUGAAAUUGAUGGAAGAUGAUGGGAUAAAGCGUCCGCGAACAGGGGUGACAUGGAAGGAUCUGAAUGUUUCGGGUUCCGGGGCUGCUAUGCACUACCAGAAUACGGUUCUUUCCCCGAUAAUGGCGCCGUUUCGAUUGCGAGAAUACUUUGGCAAGAAAUCGGAGAAGUUGAUAUUACGGAAUUUCAAUGGUGUUCUGAAAGCAGGAGAAAUGCUGAUCGUGCUGGGACGACCAGGCAGUGGAUGCUCCACAUUCCUGAAGACCAUUAGUGGGGAGCUACAAGGGCUUAAGAAGGGGGAAGGUUCCGUCGUUCAUUACAAUGGAGUACCCCAAGAUAUUUUUAACAAGGAGUUUCGCGGCGAGGCAACUUAUAGUGCUGAAGAUGAGAAACACUUCCCUCAUUUAACUGUGGGCCAGACACUGGAGUUUGCCGCAGCGGCACGAACCCCAUCACUCAGAGUCAUGGGCGUUCCUAGGAAAGUAUUCUCGCAACAUAUCACCAAAGUGGUGAUGACCAUUUAUGGGCUGAACCAUACAAGGAAUACCAAAGUCGGGGAUGAUUACGUCCGUGGUGUAAGUGGAGGAGAACGAAAACGAGUUAGCAUUGCGGAGAUAUCACUUGCUGGGUCACAGGUUGUGUGCUGGGAUAACUCGACCAGAGGCCUUGAUGCAGCAACAGCGCUCGAAUUCACUCGCGCCUUGAAAAUAGGUUCCCAUGUUGGAGGAAUGACCCAGCUUCUUGCCAUUUACCAAGCCAGUCAGGCCAUAUAUGAUCUUUUUGAUAAAGCGAUUGUACUAUACGAAGGCCGACAGAUUUAUUUCGGUCCCGCAAAGACGGCGAAGAAGUAUUUCGAAGAUAUGGGAUGGUUCUGCCCGCAAAGACAGACGACAGGUGACUUCCUGACAUCUGUUACCAAUCCUCAAGAGCGAAAACCUAGGAAAGGUUUUGAAACCAAAGUCCCUCGAACAGCGCAGGAAUUCGAACACUACUGGCUUCAAUCCGAGACUUUCAAGCAGUUGCAGGCAGAAAUAGAAGAGAGCGAUAUAGACCAUCCGGAUUUGGGCGAAAUUUUAGCUGAACAACGCGAAGCUCAUCGUCAAGCGCAGGCGAAAUAUGUCCCGAAGAAAUCUCCUUAUACCAUCAGCAUUUUUAUGCAACUAAAGCUAUGCAUGAAACGCGCUUACCAGCGCAUAUGGGGUGAUAAAGCCUCGACAAUCGCCGUCAUUAUCAGCCAGGUUGUUAUGUCGCUGAUUAUAGGGUCAAUUUUCUUCGGGACUCCGAAUACUACGAAUAGCUUUUUCGCGAAAGAUGUUCAACGGCCAAUUGUUGCGAAACAUGUUGGUUUUGCUUUUUAUCAUGCCUACGCGGAGGCUCUGGCAGGUCUAGUCGCCGACAUUCCUAUCAAAUUCAUAAUAGCUACAGUAUUCAACAUUAUCCUCUACUUCCUGGGCGGAUUAAGAAGGGAGCCGUCGCAAUUCUUCAUCUUUUUUCUUUUCACAUUUAUGACCAUGCUGACCAUGUCAGCCAUUUUUCGCACACUUGCCGCUGCGACAAAAACUGUGUCUCAAGCGCUGGCGUUUGCCGGAGUCAUGAUUCUCGCCAUUGUAAUAUACACAGGGUUUACAAUCCAAAGAUCUUAUAUGCAUCCUUGGUUUAAGUGGAUCAGCUGGAUUAAUCCAGUUGCUUAUGGUUUUGAGUCCAUCCUUGUCAAUGAAGUACAUGGUCAGCGAUACGAGUGUGCCGUCCCAGUACCACCAUAUGGAACCGGGAAUAACUUUGAAUGUGCCGUUGCUGGUGCUGUCCCUGGCGAACGAACUGUUUCCGGAGAUAGCUGGGUCGAGUCAGCCUACGGCUACAGCUACGCGCACAUCUGGAGAAAUCUGGGGAUCCUCUUUGGGUUCAUGUUCUUCUUUUAUGCCUUAUAUUUAUUUGCCACUGAGUUUAACCUGUCAACUUUAUCAGCUGCUGAAUAUCUCAUCUUCCAACGGGGUUAUGUGCCUAAGCAUCUUACUAAUCACUAUGAUGAGGAAAAGGAUGCCAGCGGACUUCAGCAGGAUGUGAAUAUACGCCCCGAAGAGAGCCCUAUCGAAGAAACUGUUCAUGCCAUUCCUCCCCAAAAGGACGUUUUCACUUGGAGAAAUGUUGUAUACGACAUAAGCAUUAAAGGCGAACCGCGACGGUUGCUGGACAAUGUCUCUGGUUGGGUAAGACCUGGGACUCUGACCGCACUCAUGGGUGUGUCGGGUGCAGGGAAAACCACUUUAUUGGACGCGCUCGCGCAAAGAACCACCAUGGGUGUCAUCACUGGAGAUAUGCUUGUGAAUGGCAAACCUUUGGAUAUGUCUUUCCAGCGAAAAACAGGGUAUGUUCAACAGCAGGAUUUGCAUUUAGAGACAACCACCGUCCGCGAAGCGCUUCGGUUUUCCGCAAUGUUGCGCCAACCAAAAUCGGUUUCAAAGGCAGAGAAAUAUGCAUACGUGGAGGAUGUUAUUGAUAUGCUGAAUAUGCGAGACUUUAGUGAAGCCGUCGUUGGAAAUCCGGGUGAAGGCCUCAAUGUGGAGCAGCGUAAGCUUCUUACUAUUGGUGUCGAACUGGCCGCUAAGCCGGCUCUUCUCUUAUUUUUGGACGAACCCACCUCAGGUUUGGACUCGCAAAGCUCGUGGUCUAUUAUCACAUUCCUACGAAAGCUGGCAGAUAAUGGGCAGGCGGUGCUGUCGACCAUCCAUCAACCUUCAGCAAUCCUUUUCCAGCAAUUCGAUCGACUUCUAUUCCUCGCAAAAGGUGGAAAGACAGUAUAUUUUGGUGACAUCGGAGAAAAUUCUCGGACUCUUCUUGAUUACUUUGAGAGGAACGGUGCUGAGCCUUGCGGGUCAAACGAUAAUCCAGCAGAAUAUAUGUUAGACGUCGUUGGGGCAGGUCCAAGCGGUAAAUCAGAGCAGGACUGGCCGACUAUAUGGAAUGAAAGCGAAGAGGCCCGAAGAGUUCAAGAGGAGAUAGACCGUAUAAAUGCUGAGAAAGAGAAAGAUGAAUCUCUUCAAGAGCCAACAGAGACACCGCGCGAGUUCGCAAUGCCUUUCACGUCCCAGGUUUACUAUGUCACUAUCCGUGUUUUCCAGCAGUACUGGAGAACACCAACAUAUAUUUGGGGGAAACUGCUCCUGGGUAUCAUGGCGGCAGUGUUUAUCGGAUUCUCUUUCUAUAUGCAAAACGCGUCAAUAGCUGGUCUCCAAAAUACUCUAUUUGCUAUUUUUAUGCUUACCACAAUCUUUAGCACGCUUGUCCAGCAAAUCAUGCCACGGUUCGUAACCCAGCGCAGCCUCUUCGAAGUUCGUGAGCGCCCAUCGCGUGCAUAUAGUUGGCAAGCGUUCCUCCUAGCGAACGUCAUGGUUGAAAUUCCUUACCAAAUAUUCCUCGGUGUCAUCGUCUGGGCCGCUCUUUAUUACCCCGUGUUUGGUGUCCAUCAAUCAUCAGAACGCCAGGGGUUGUUUGUUAUCUUUUCUGUCCAAUUCUUCAUUUUCGGCUCUACAUUUGCUCAGAUGGUCAUUGCGGGGCUACCCGAUGCCGAAACGGCCGGAAACAUCGCCACAACGCUUUUCAGUUUGAUGCUCACAUUCAACGGUGUGCUUCAAAGUCCCAGGGCACUUCCCGGGUUUUGGGUUUUCAUGUGGCGUGUUUCUCCGCUCACCUACACCGUUGGCGGCCUAGCUGCAACAGUUCUCCAUGAACGCGUUGUCCGUUGCGCGGAAAAUGAACUCGCCGUUUUUGAUCCGCCUGAUGGGGCCACCUGCGGCCAAUAUCUUGAAAGAUUUUUUGCUCUCGGUGCACCGGGCAGGCUUAACAAUCCUUUCGCCACACAGGGAUGUGAAUACUGUCCAUUAUCUUCUGGUGAUCAGUUCCUUGCUGAGUCUGAGAUAUUCUGGAAUCAGCGGUGGCGGAACUUUGGCAUCGGAUGGGGAUACAUCGGGUUUAAUGUGUUCGCAACGGUGGUUUUGUACUAUCUGUUCCGAGUCAGGAAAUCCUCUGGGAAAACCAGCCCCAAGAAAUGGUUGAAUCUGGCGAAAUACUAUGCGGUUACAAUAGCAUAUUGGGUGAGGAGCAUCUUUGCAAGGAGAAGCGAAAAGACGCCGAGGGGAAAAGAGCAUAUUUGUGACAAAAUUUACUGAUUUCUUCACUCUGAGUGUUGGGUGUAUGGUUUCAAAUAGAUGAGAUACUGGAAAUGUACAUUGUCGAGUUUUAAGUU